GUGUAAACUGAGGUCUAGGCUAGCAGAGAAACACGGCCUAGUUAGCUAGAUCGGAUAUGAUGCUACUGACCAUCCUGUCUUUCAAAUGAGUUUUCGUCACAAGUAUCAUAGACUACGGAGGGAGUGAAUAUGGAGUAGGCAAUAUCCUUAAGUAUGGCUUUGUGUAACAGAGCCAUUCUUGAUCAUCAGCACCACACUGACUCAGCCUCAAAAUCUUAGCAAUCAUGCCAUGAACCCUCUUUCUGCAUCUGACAUUCUACUGACCACCAUUUUCCGUAUUCCUGAUUUUCUCAUCACCAAAUGUGACUCGCCAAUAUGAAGCUCUACAGGUACUUGCCACUAGAGGAUGACACUUUUAUUCGCCUGAUAACCAUCCUGCCUGGAAAGUUCAAAGAUCCCAUUAAAGCUGAGAUCAGACAUGAACCGCUUCUGCCACCAAAAGAAGUUGGAGCCACACAUUUGUCAAUUGAAGAGAUCCAACAAACUUUACCAGGACAAUGGAAGGUAUAUGAGACCUUGGAGAGCCGUAUCAUUUAUUACGACAUGGAAACAAGGCAGACCUCGUGGACUCACCCAGACCCUAACUUCAGCCAUGUCCUGUACGAGCCGAUAUUAGAUGGCAAGAUAGACGUGCCAAAUCUUGCCUACGAGGCUCUGUCGUAUGCAUGGGGUUCCACCGAGAAGGACGAGAUGAUCGAAAUCAGUGGCACUGGUAACUGCCUGCAUUCUAGAUUGCCUGUCACAUCUAACCUAGCAGUUGCACUGAGACAUAUUCGAUUCGAUGAUCGGCCGCGAAUCAUUUGGAUCGAUGCCGUCUGCAUCGACCAGGAGAACGUUCAAGAGCGAAGUCUACAAGUCCAGCGCAUGGGCGAGAUUUUUUCACUGGCCAGCGGUGUUGUGGUAUGGUUAGGGCCAAGUUUUGCGGGCAGCAGUCUUGCGUUGACCGCUCUGAAAGAAUUGGGCGAGCAGAUACAAAUCAGUAGGAAAAAUCUCAGCUUUAUGCCUUCGCCUUGCUGUAACCACCCAGAUUGGUACCAAAACCUGCUAAAGCUGAUAGAUCGGAUGAACGAAGUGACUGCGAUUGCCCAGUUAUGCGAAGUACCGUACUGGACAAGGCUUUGGAUCGUACAGGAGGUCGCACUAGCAAGUGAGAAGUCGAUCGUCAAGUGCGGCCAUGAAGAAAUACCGUUGUUUUCCUUCCGUCGUGCCAUCAUAACCUUCUAUGGAAGAGAAUCGAAAGGCUUGUUCCUGGCGGUUGAGGAAGUGCAUCGGACCAUGCACCUGUCAAAAAAUGCAACUUUAUUUACAGUAUUGGAAGGGCAGCACCGCAAGAGAUGUACUGAUGCUAGAGACAAGGUGUUCGCAUCUAUAAACCUGCUGAACCCGGAUAUAAGAAAACGUAUUGAUGUCGACUAUUCGAAAUCUACACUAGAUGUGUACAAGCAGGUAUUCCUACUUUCUCUGGAGCAAGAGAAGCGACUCACCCAACUGAUGUUGGCUUCUAACUGUUCCGUCUCUGGCUCGCUAUGGCCGAGUUGGCUUCCGGAUUGGUCAUUGACCCCCAAUGAUAGGCUCUCGACCUCAUCUUCCCUGCCGAGUGCCAGCAGUCUCUCAGCGGCAUGGGCGAAGUACACGGCACCGGAUAGGAUCGACGCUGCUGGGGUCUUAUUUGGACGUGUGUCUACUACCAGCCAGCUUCUGGAUGCCAAUGGUGUUUUGAACAUUUUAAGUUUCUCCAAAAGCUUAGGACCUGAAGAUUCACAAACAUCAACUUAUCCUAACGGUGAACCGCUCCUAGAUGCCUAUCUCAAAACUAUAUUUCGUGGUUAUUUGAAAGAAAACUUUCCUGAACAGGAUUUUCCCACACUGUCGGAAGUAAUAGAGGUCACGAAAUCAUCGCUCCAUCUUGACUAUUCAGACCAGUUGCUCCUGGCACGAGGGUUCUUCGCGAGACACACAAGUUAUGCACCUGAUCGCCAUCUAUUCACGACGUGCAACGGCUAUGUCGGCCUAUCCCAAGGACCAGUGUGUCCAGGAGACGAGGUGUUCAUCAUUCUCGGUUGUGAUAGUCCAAUGCUAUUAAGGCCACACUCGAAUGGUCAGCAUGAAGUUGUAAGGAGUUGCUAUAUACACGGUGCUAUGGAUGGCGAAGCGUUGCUCGGCGUGAUCCCGGAUCCAUGGGAGGUCAGACGAUGCCACAACGAUGUGCGCCUCUUGGCAAUCUACUUCUACAAUACCGACUCUGGUAUGGAAACGGAAUACGAUCCCCGGUUGGAGAGCAUCCCAAUACCCACGGAUUGGGAACCUAUCGAAUUUGAGUGGACUCCUGCCGAUCCUAUCAACUGUAGGAAGUUUCGGAACAAAGAUACAGGAGCGGUUAUCAAUUCGGACCCGAGGCUGUUCCCGGAAGCAUUAUUAGAACGCGGCGUCCCGAUCAGGACUAUCACCCUUGUCUAGAUUCACCCUCUGCAGUUGUCUCCUGCCACAUCUCAAAGGUCGAGCCGCCUACGCCAGAACUAUUGGUGCUACUUUGGGAAAACCGGGCUUUCGAGGUUACAAAUUGAGGGUUGUUGUCGUCUCAUCUGUACCUUGUUUCGGCUUUCUGUCAUAACGUGAAGACAUACAUUGAAAGAUGAGACACACACAAUUUAUAUACCACGGUCGUAUGGUAUCCCAACUUCGUCUUCCACCUCUUAGGAGAUAUACCGGUAUUUCUAUGACUUGUUGACGACUCCGUAGCUGCUACUAUCAAUCUGGACGAGACGACUUCUAAAUCAUCUUAAGAAGACCCACAGGUUAUUCAGAUGUCCUUUCACUCGGAUGUUACUUAUCAUCCCUAAAUUCUUUAUUGUGGUGGAGCGGGUCAAAGUUUUCAUGUUGGUAUAGACUAUACUUUAUGCAUUUUUUUAACCUUAUUCGUUGUAUCUGUAAGGUCAGGUAGUCACUCCACACACACACACAUAUAUAUAUAUAUAAUUAACCUA